CUUUCACACGCGUCUCUUUGUAAUAACAGAGUUAUUAAGCCAGUUUAAAUUAACGCAGUCAAAUGCGACCGUUCAAAGCGCUGUGAAUUUAAAUAAACUGUAACACGAAAUACCAUAAGCUUAUAAAAUUCAUUACGAUUCUAUUUGUGUCUCAUAAGAUGAAUUAAGAAAUGAAGUGAACAAAGGAAUAAAAUUGAAGAAGUGGUAACUGCUAACAAAGUGAUGUAGUGUCAGACAUCAUGGAUCAAUGGGUGACGGCUGCGAGCUCGCUACUAGCAUUCCUACUCUACUACAAUACGCUUGACGCGGGAUUUGUUUACGAUGACAGACGAGCGAUACUCUCGAACCCAGAUGUCAUCGGACAUACACCGAUUAAGGCGUUAUUUGAAAAUGACUUUUGGGGAACGCCGCUCACAGAUCCUGGGUCACACGGCUCGUACAGACCACUGUGCGUCGCGACGUAUCGUCUCAAUUACGCAUUUAGCGGAUUCAAGCCCUGGAGUUACCAUCUCCUCAAUGUGUUCUUCCAUUCGACGGCCACUGCACUUGUCGUGAUAACAGCAAAGCGGCUGUUACCUACAUAUUGCAUGAAAGUGGGAACUGUGGUUACAGGUUUGUCCUUCGCCUCUCAUCCCAUCCACACUGAAGCCGUGGCUGGAAUUGUGGGUAGAGCUGACCUGGCCGCAUGCAACUUUUUUCUACUGAGCUUCCUCUUAUACACGGAACACUUGAGGAUCCGGAAUCGGAGCCAUCGUCGACAUUGUAGGGACAGUUACAAACAAAUUCUCACGCGGCACCUGGACGCUGAAGAUCAAAACUUUCGCCUAAGUUGUCACGGACUCGUACAACAAUUAUUGAUUAGUGUUAGGAAAUUGUUGAAGGCUGGUAAAACUGGACCCUUGAAAGUGUUUAAUGUGUGUGAAGUUAGCGUGGGGCCCGUGCAACUGAGUAAAUGUCAUUGUAAUGCGUGUGCAAGUGAAGAUGCAGGUGAACUCUUACAAUGGUGCACUUUAGUGGGGACACUUUUGUUCGCGACAGCAGCGACUUUGUGCAAGGAGCCGGCUAUUAUGGUGGUGCCUCUUUGCAUAAUAUACGACUUCUUGAGAGAUAUUCGACAGGACGAGCCGUUUUCAAAGUAUCGGUGGCGGAGCAUCUGUGCUCUUAGCACAGGUGGGCUCACACUACUUUACUGGAGAUUGCGAAUCGCUGGUGCUCCCUCGGGAUUCGCCGCGGCCGACAACCCCACGGCCCGUGACCUCUCCUUUUUUACGAGAUUUUAUACCUUCACAUACCUUCCUGUCUUUAAUUUUUUUCUCCUUUUAUACCCCUUUCAUCUAAGCUUCGAUUGGUCUAUGGAUGCGAUACCGAAAAUAACAUCAAUAUUCGACGCGAGAAAUAUUUCUUCCCUCAUUGUCUACGCGGCGAUAUCAAAAGUUUCAUGGAAAGUUCUUACUAGCGAAAUAAAAAGGCAACAAGAAAAGAAAGAUAGGUUUUAUAAGAAACAAAAGACUAAGCAAAAAUGGAAUAACAAUUGCAAGCACUUUAGCAGGAGACAAUAUUGUAGCGAAAGAAAGAGCAAUAUGCCUCAAAAAGAAAACGCCUCAUCGAAAAGAUCGUUAUGUCCGUGCAACGGAUGUAAGCAUUCUCUCACAGAGGAGCACACAAACGUAUGUCGGACAGUCAAUAACAAUAAUAUUAUGAUGCACAACUCCUGUGUAUGUCCAACGGGGUUCGGCAAGGCGAUGGCGCAGCGUCAACAUAAACACACGUACCGCAGUCCUCAAAUUGCGAUGCUGUUAUUCACGGCAUUUAUGGUGCUCCCAUUCGUGCCAGCCAGUAAUAUUCUUUUCUACGUUGGAUUCGUAGUGGCAGAGCGUGUUUUGUACAUUCCCAGUGUUGGUUUUUGCUUAUUGCUCGGGCUGGGUGCGGGAGCUUUGACAAGAACUUGGCGUCGUAAUGAAUUGCGAAGCCGUAUUUUUAUGUUCACUUUGUUAGUGACUUUAUGCGCCAUGUGUGGUGCUACGCUUCGGAGGAAUUUGGACUGGCGUGACGAGGAAAGUUUAUUUCGAAGCGCUUUACACAUCAAUCCACCGAAAGCGUACGGCAAUCUCGGCAGCGUUUUGUCUACACAAGGGAGAGUCGUGGAGGCCGAGGCAGCGUUCGAGAGAGCUUUAAAAUACAGACCAAACAUGGCCGAUGUACAUUAUAACUUAGGAAUUUUACACCAAAACCAGAGGCGAUACGCCGAGGCUAUCAAAAGUUUUGAAAAGGCAAUUUAUUUUCGACCAUCCAUGGCUUUGGCCUAUGUAAAUCUUGGCACAUCUUUGAUGGCUGACGGGAGAUUAGCUGAGGCAACUAGCGCACUACGGGCGGGCGCGCGCGCCGACGGAAUUCGCGUGCGUGAUCGCAGAGAACAUGACGCAGCACGCGUCUCAGCAUUAGUUCAGCUCGCUGCUUUGCAUUCUCGAAGAGGGCAUUGGCACAAAGCCUUAUCAUCAUACAAGGAAGCGCUACAGAUACUUCCUGUGACAAAUUCACCAAUUGUAGGCUGGACCCGACACAAUGUCCUAACAAUGGCGGGGGAUAUUUAUAUACAAUUGCAACAAUGGGCCCAGGCUGAACACAGCGUUUUAUCAGCGUUAGCUCUCGCACCUGGGCACGCGGCCACUUAUUUAAGCCUAGCUCAGAUUGUAGCUAGAAAUACAAGUAGAAACAUGGAAGCGGAGACGUGGUUUAAGAAGGCAAUAACUUUAGCGCCGGAUGACCCGGCGGUACGAGAUCAAUUUGGAAUGUUUCUAAGAUCACAACGUCGAUUACGGGAGUCGGCUGAACAGUUGGUAACAGCAGCGCGUUUAUCACCGACUGAUAGUACGCGAGCGGCUUCGGCAGCGCGAGCGCUACGGGACGCAAGAAAAUGCCGUUCUGCUGAGCGCUGGUAUGCGAGGGCAGUAGAGCUAAACCCUAAUGAAGCUGAGUACCACUCGAAUCUUGGCGCUAUUCUGCACCUGAACGGGAAGUAUGUAGCGGCUGCCUCUUCAUACAGGCGCGCGUUGCAGUUGCAACCUAACGACCAAGUUACGAUCACAAAUCUCAAGCGGGUGAGAACAUUAAUGAGCAAUCAACGGAAGAAAUAGUCAAUUGCCAAAUAUCGUUUUUUAAUCGUGUUUUAAUUACAUGUAUAACAUUUAUUUUAUAUAGUAGGGGAGCCCAGGUUUUUACGAUAUUGCUCACGCACGAGUGGUGCGUAAGGACUAUAUAUUAUGCUGAUACGAGACUUGUCAAAUAUAAUGAAUUAUUGUAAUUAAGUAAUAGAUGACUUUAUAAGUUUUACUUACAUAAACAAAUAUUUCGACUUAAUUACUAAUGACAAGAUCGCUAUUGUCUUGAAUAAUUUUAUAUUAAAUUAAUUUUAUUUUAAAGGCAGAGGUAACGCGCGCAAUAUCCUAUACAACAGAUGAUACUCAGUGCACUUAAUGCAGAGAUAUUCCUAAUAACAUAUUAUAAAUGUUCGAUUAGGUUACGUAAUUGAUCUUUACUGUCAAAACUUAAACAAACUAUUUUAAAUGUUCAAAUAAAAGUCAUAUGAUUUAAAUGAAAGAAAAACACACAAAAGUGUUCAGCAUACAAAAAAUAUAGGUAAGCAUAAUAUUAUAAUUCUUCGACAUAGAUGGCAACCCUCAAAAGCCCGUGAGUAAAUCCAGUCAUUGGGCUCCUCUACUAAUAAGUAAUCUGAAUAGUAACAGUAAUAUAACGAUACAUUUUCAGUACUCACUAAACGUUUAAUUUUGAUUGAAAUUUCUUAGUACCUAAAUGGAUCAAUUAUAGGAAUAAAUUGUAUAUCGUCUUACAAGCUUUUUUAUUCAUGGUUCAACGUUUUUCGAGUUUCUGUUCGCAUAAAUACGUAAUCCAGCUAAAACAUUUUUGUGCACAUGCACUCGGCUUUUAAAUUUCUUGCACUAUUUUGUUGUAUGAAAGAGUUUGAAACAUUCAUUUAGUACGGACUAAUCACUCAAGUACAAAUUUUGUGCUAAAGCAUUCGUAUCUAUAUAGGCAUUUCGCAAAAGUCAAUUAGAUAGAGGCUCAAAAUUAUCUUGAAAACGUUUGAGUGGCUUUUUUCUUGGCUUUUCUUUUAGUCAAAGGAAUUGUUAUAAUGGAUUAUAAAAUAUAGGAUUAAUUUCUUUAAACGCUUAGAUAUUGUUUCAAAUAUAUUCUACUCGAUACAGUAACGCACUGAUAUUAAUGAUUUUACUGAAGUCUUUUAGAUUAUUUCGUGAAGUCUAGUAGAAAUGUCAGUGUUCAUAUGUAAAUAUAUAAACGGUUAGGUUCUUUUAAUAAGGGAAAACAUUUCAUUUGCUUCGUCUUCCAUUAUAUUUAUCAAUGUUUUCGUAUUAUAAUGUUGUUAUUAAGUCAUUUAAAUUAUAUCGAGGUUAUUCGCAAAUUAUAAUUCAAUGUAUAUGCAAUUAAUUCUAGUCGUACUCAAUCGUCCAUUAAGUUUUAGAUUCUCUAAUGGUUGUUCAAUAAUUAUACAUUUGAGGAAAAUAACAAUUCGGCAAUUCAAUUUAAUGCUCGAUUAGUACACAAUUUGUUUCACACCUACUGGGUGUACUUUACUAAAAUCUUUAUUAAAUGACUUAGAUAACCGUCAAAUCUUAAUGAACGAUUCUAAGUACGGCAGAAUACGUUCUAGUCUUCUGUAAAAUGCGGGUUUAGAAUAAGAAUAAUGGCGGGAAACCGCGUCGCUAACUUUAUUUUUUAUAAUAAUUUAAUUGAUAUUAGCCAUUUAAUUUAACUAUCAGCAUACUUAUUUCCUAUAAUAAAACAAACAUAUCUAUUUAAUAAUAACCAUUCAUUGUUAUUUCGUGGUAAAUAUGUAAAAAGAUGUACAUAGUGUUUAAAUUCCUAUAUUUAACGUUAGAUACAUCCGUUAUUUGAAUAUAGGAAUCGGUUGUCAUGACAUUGUCAUAUUAGAUAAUAAUUUAAUUCCCAAAUAUAUUUUGUCAUCUUCUCAUUCACACCUGUGACAAUAAAUGUAUAUUACGCUUUGUAGGAAUAGAAAAGCCAAAAAAAACUUUUUUAUUUAAUUUAAAAGCUUAAAGCUAUUUGUUUUAUUAACACAAGACUGGUGAUUUUUAUCAUAGUUGGCCUAAUUCAUAAUUUUUAAUUCCGAUAUUUGUGCCGAAAAUACAUUAAAUUGCAUGCAAUAGUGUUUGUUAUGAACUUGUAUUCAGCUAAUAACUAUUGGUAUUACGUAGUCCAAAUGUGGUCUCAUGAAAUUGCGUCAAACAAUUUUAAAUAUAAAGUAACUUCCUUUAUCAAGAUAUUCAUGUAACCUCGCCAGUGACCUCACCUUACUCUCAACAAAAUAUGCAUUAUGCUCAAUUUGCUUAACCGGUCUUGAUGAAUUGUGGAAAAAUAUACACUAAACAUCGAUACAUACUAAGUACAUUUUUCUUAAAAACAUGAUAUCUCAUUGUAUUAUUUAACUGACAAUGAAAUUAAUUGAACGAUAUUAUCUGUAUUACUCAA